AUGUCUCAGAUCGACUCAGCACUUACAAAUGCACCCCCAGAACUUUUAGCAUUCUUAGGGAACACCCCGGCUAUCACACCCCCUCCAGGGGUUGUUUCCAAUUUUCUGGACCCAGAGAACCAUGGAGCUGCUCAAGUCAAAGCUACUUCUGUAAUGCUUGCUGUUGUACUUGUAUUCUUUCUCAACCGAGUUUACGUUAAACUGUUCCUAACAAAGAAAGUGACUUGGGAUGACGGUAAGAAUCCGACAUCUUUAUGUUGGUCUUUGCUAAUUUGUUCAGGAACGAUUAGUCUUGCAGUGGUACUUUACACUCCUACUUCAGUGGAAUAUAUCAUCUAAUGAAAUCAGCUUAGCGCUGUGGGAUACUAUGUUGCGUGCACAUGGGGUAAGCUUUUAGAACUCUCUCAACACGAAAUGUUUCCGCUUGACUGACACAACAUCAGGAGUGCAGAAAGGGCGAAUUGGUACACAUCUCUGGAAUAUUAGCAUAUUACAGGCAUCGAAUCCAAACCUUUUGAUUGCAAGUUAUCAUUCCUAUAUGGCAAAUUUGCAAUGCGAAUGA